AUGCUUUUCGAGGGUCUCGUUAGUUCUCUACUGCUUAUUGCAACCGUGGCUCCUGCCCACGCGUUCCAAGCUGGAUCCACGGGAAAUGUCAAGGAGUCAUCUUAUCCCGCUAGGUGCUACCCAGACCCGUGUGCGAACAUCACUUUCACCGAUCCCGCGUAUGUUUGUGGAGACACCAUGCUAGGCCCGGUCCAGCUUCCGCGACAAUUCCCACUGUCAACCGAACUGGCCACCUACUAUCGAUUCGGCGAUCUAUGCCCGUACGAGUUCCUCGCGAAAUGGACCUGGCCCAAUGGAUCCUACCACUACCCAGACCAGGAUGGGUUCGUCCUCAAAGCCAAUGGAAAACCUAUCAAGGCCAAUGUGACUCUGCCCGUUGGCCGAAAGAUUGAUCGCUUUGGACCUCCGAGCGGUAAUUUCUUCAGUCCAUUGGGUGCCCCAUAUAUCGAGAGAGCUCUUCCACCUCGCAAUCUGAAUAACAGUGAUGGCAACUUCCCUUACAGUUAUCAUGUUUAUCAGAUCAUCAAGAAGCUGGAUGUCACGCUGGGACCUGUCGCUCCGUGGUUCGAGCAGCCGGGAAUGGGAACGCAGUUCGAAACUGAUUUGAGUGUGACAGAUCUCAUAGGGCAGAAGUUCAUUAAAGAGCUCUCCAGAUCGGAGUAUGAUGAUAGUUCGGACUUUGCGGAUAAUUAUACUCCUGGGCCGAACGCUUGA